AUGGCGGUGCCUCGUCGCUCUUCGCAGCAGCAACAACAACAGAAUACUUUACAGUCCCCGCCGAGGAACAGCUCGAUUUCGGGCGCACCUCCGGCCUCCCCGCCGAUGGCUUUACUGACCUCGGCCGUCGGAGCCCCGGAGAACGAGCGGGAAUGCAGCGGAGGGAUCGAGAUGGCCCUGGCCUCCCCGGACCUCCCAGCCCCGGUCCUGGCGAGCAGCGCCAGCUUCAGUACGACGACCUCCGGCGGCGGCAGCAGCAGCGUCUCCAGCCCGGGCUCCGGAGCUACGAGUCCCACUGACGGGAGCAGCGGCAUUGGCGGGGCGUUCAGGGAGCUGUUCGAGGCCUGUCGUAACGGAGAUGUGUCCCGAGUGAAGAGACUUGUCGACUCGGUGAAUGUAAACGCGAAGGACAUGGCUGGUCGGAAAUCUACCCCCCUUCAUUUCGCUGCGGGUACAGACGAGCUAAGCUAAUAACACAACAGCAGCGCAGAUACUGUAUUUUUUCUGCUUUAUCUACUAAACCGGGGAAAGUAGCUUUGUUAAACCGUAUUAUGAUGACAUUUUGAUGUUUCACCUAAAGUAUAGUUGUAUAAAAUUAGACUUAAGUGUAAUAUUAUUAGAUUAUAUCACACCUGGUUUUGUAAUUUAGCAUUUUAUGCUAAUAAGCUAAACUGACGUCCUCCAAUCUGAUUUAAAUGUCAAUAUAUCCUGAGGUAACCCUCAAACAAACAACAAAAUAAGAGGUAUAAAACUCAGUCUUAUACAUCUGGGAUAACAGUAAAAAAAUAUAUAAAUGUACAUAAUGAGCAUCACUUGUAUUUUAGCGCAGGUCUUCUAUGUUUAUUUACCAUUAUUAUGAGAGUAUUUUACUGUCAUUUUGGCUCAAUCACUGCUAAAAUGUUUCUUAACCCUAGAAUAUUAUUGCUAAAAUUGUAACACCAUUACUAUCAGGUGAUUCCUACCCUGAAUAAUAUACCCAAGGAAAUGUACUUGUUAUCAAAAUAUAUCAAAAUACAUGACAGAUUAAAGUAGUUUUCUUUUUAUUGUUAACUGUGCAAUGUCCAAAGGGAGGAAAAGUGCCAUGAGGGGACCAUAUCAAAAUGCAACAAAAUAACUGAAAUUGGGCAUUCAUGUACUAAAAAAUAUAUGUAUAUAAACUGUAAACUUAGUUUCUUUUCCACCCAUUCUUGGGGCAUGUAAAUCUUCCGUGGUGAUGACUCAGGGUCCUCGGCACAAUAACAGCUGCAGGAGAGAGAACUAAAAUAUGGCAGAUUUUGAGUGAGUAAAAAUGAAUAGCUGACUAAAAUAUUUCUUAUCACCAUAUGAAUUCCCUUAAGAUUACUACUUUGUGAUAAUCAAGAUAGCACGCAAAUUCCAGGACCGCUCUUACUGACCUUAUUCGCCUACAUGCAGCUAUCAAAUCCACCCAAACCUACUUUACCCUCUAUCACUAUCACUGGGUGAAAAUCACCCUGUGAACACGUGCCUGUAGGAAAAAGCAGGUUUUGGAUCAGGGAAACAAAUAUGCCUUCAAUUAUGUCAAAUGUUCAAUGAAGCUACCCAGAGACCCAUGAUACUCAAACACAACAUCAUGAAAAUCACGAUAGUGUUCUAGGGUUAAAACUAGGGUUGCAGUGUGUCAGUGUGAACUGAAGAGUAGUAAGAUAUACUCCUUUAGAGUAUUUACUGUUAAACUUUAAAACUUAGACAUGGAGAAUGUGUCGUAAUAAUACUAACAACAAUAAUAAUAUCUUUGUACUUUUUAUGCAAAGAUGCAGCCUGAUGUGUUACUCUAAGAAAACUUAUGUACAGCUUCUAAAAUUAAUCAUUAGUGAAUAUUUUUGCGGUGUCUCCUCAUCGGUGUCGCAACCUUAAGUCAUGUAGGGAGGGAUUCACAUGCCAAACAUAAGGACUAAAAAUGGAUGCAAAUUUGGCAAGCAAAACUUUCUUGAUGUGUAAUUUUGGCUUUAUGCAUCUUGAAAUAAGAUCCUCAUUCAGAUCUGUCAGCCCAGUGUCGCUUGAAUUAGUUGUAACAAGAUAUUCUGGCAAGACAAAGUACUUGGUAGGAUUAGAGUUUUCAGCAGUAUAGAUAUCGUAUCAGAUGGUUGUCAUGCAGCUGAGGUAAAGUUUGUAUGUUUCAUCCUUAUUUUAGCUGAUACAGUGUUAAAUGUGUUUAAGUACAGUACUUUAAACAGAAAAUACUUGAGUAAAAGGAAAGUAGGGAUUUUAAAAACUAAUCAAAUAGUACAAGCACACAAAAAUAAGUACUCAGUAACAUCAAUAAUUAAUGAGUUACCUUCCACCUCUGGAUAAUAGCUAUAUAUUUGUGUUGUCUUAUAUUUAUAGCAGUUUAAAUUAUAACUAUAUAAAUCUUAUUUUUAAGUAUUUUAAGGUGGUAUAGCAGGGUGGUUGUAGUGUACCUGCACCUCAUUUAAGCAGUUAUAGAGGGACAAACGUUAAAUUUGUUUGACUGUUACAGUUAUCAUUAUCACAGUCUGAGUUUUUGCAGUGAAUUCAACACAGGAACACCAAACUGUGAAUAUUUUUAAAUAAACAAGCCCCGCGAACUGUGGGUUAUGGCUAAUAUGCACAUGAGUUUUUCCAAAUAUGACGGAGCCCUGACUUAAACUUCUUUCAGGGUUUGGCAGAAAAGAUGUGGUGGAGCACCUCUUGCAGACAGGGGCCAAUGUUCAUGCCAGGGACGAUGGAGGACUCAUCCCCCUGCAUAACGCCUGCUCUUUUGGACACGCAGAAGUUGUCAGUCUCCUCUUGUGUCAAGGCGCUGACCCCAACGCCAGAGACAACUGGAACUACACGCCGCUACAUGAAGCUGCCAUCAAGGGAAAGAUAGACGUGUGCAUCGGUGAGGAUCUCUGUUGAUUACAUUCACAUUUUUCAAGACUAAUUUGUUAUUAUUUACAGCUUGUGUUUUUAAAGUGUUGGAAAACUUGAUGUAAUUGUCUGAGAGGUGAUCUGUUUACAGACCUCUGUUCUGUGUUAUCAACUUAGUUGUUUUUUUUGAUACAAUCAGCAGCUCACUGUUUGACUGUGAGAAUGAUUCAGAUAGUUGAACAGUUAAAGCAUGUUUUUGUUUCCUCUGGACUUCUCUCACUCAGUUUUACUUCAACAUGGAGCUGAUCCAAACAUUCGCAACACCGACGGGAAAUCUGCUUUGGAUUUAGCUGACCCCUCAGCCAAGGCUGUUCUCACUGGUCAGUCCCUCUUAACUGCUUUGCCGUCACGUUUACACUUCAGACAUUAAGCCACUGCUCCAAUGACACACAAUUCUGUGCUUGUAGAGAUGCAACAAAUUCACAUUUGACCAGGCGUUUUGGAACACCUCAUUGGGCUGAAUAUGAUUAUAGGUUUGCCUGACCCCCUGCUGCAUUUGAUUCUAUGUUUUGUAGGUUUUGUCAUUGAGUAAGGGCACAAAUAGCUGCAGCAGGGUGCUUUGUCAGCGAGCUAAGGCCAUCUCUGUUUACACCCCAAUGUUUGCACACAGACUUAGAGUUGAAACUGAAAAAACAAUUCUAGAGGUCCCCAGACACCCAUUUACUAAACAAACACCUGCAAUCAUAGCGAGCACACCUUAAAAAUACACCACGAGCUAAAUUGAACGUUAGGAGCGGGCAUGCCCAGCCUUAAUCUGAUGUUUUUUUUUCCUCCAGGUGAAUACAAGAAGGAUGAACUCUUGGAAGCAGCAAGGUAAGUGUCACGUGUGACGGUUCGUGCACAUUUCUCCUGAAGCCUGGAGACAAACUGCUUCAUUUCAGUUCCCUUUUUUUUUGCUUGUGCAAGAGUAAAAAGUUCAUGAAGCAGGAAAAAUCUGCUUCAAUAUGCACGUGUUUUCAAACUCUUAGAAGAAGCCAGUGUGACUAUUUUCUGAGACUCAAACUUGGUUCUCAGUUUCAUCCAGUAACGCGUUCAAUCACCCAUGGCAGCCUGUGAAAUGACAUUUAGAUUAUGGAGUAGCGGUUCUGACUGGAGGAAUACUUAAUGACUCUAGACUUUUCAACCGUGUAAUUACAGGAGUGGAAAUGAAGAGAAGCUGAUGGCACUGCUAACUCCUUUGAAUGUUAACUGCCACGCCAGCGAUGGACGCAAGGUAAAUAAUUCACACCAUCCCACACCUCAGUGAAAUGUUAUUGCACCUUUUUUUCUUCAUGUGUGCAGGGCAGCACGAUCAAACUUCAUGUAAAAAGCCUCUUGACCAGAACAGCGAGAAGGUCUCUGAGUCAGAUGAUUUUUAAGCAGACAAAUAAACCCAACAGUUUUAUUGUGGCUGGAUUAGUCAGAGGAUUAAUGUCAUUGGUUUUGUGGGAGGGUGUUAAAUGUGGACCACUUUGGACCUACCUCUGUUUCCAAUAAUUCAUGCAUGAAUCUCAUCAAGCCAUCGUGUCGACUCUGUUUUAACAUCUAAGCCUUCACUCUGUCAGCUAAUAUUCAGGUCUGUGGUUUCUCCUCGUCUCCUUUUUUUAUUUUUCAUAAAUGUGGGUCUUGUUUGUCGGGCUUGGGCGAGUUAACUCAGCAUUACUUUUUGUAACCAAAUCAGGAAAACAUAAUCCAUAAUCCCAUAAUCACGUUUUUCUGUCCCAAUCUGGUGUAAAAGUGAUUUCUAAUGUCGAAGUGUGCCUACAGUUCGCACUCUGUCGAGAUUAUAACGUAGAAUUUUGUGUUUAUUUUGUGAUAUUUUCAUUUUUCUCCUGUUGGUGGAUUGGAUUAGAGGGAUAGUAAUACUCAGACACGUUUUGUGUUCAGGAUCAUGAGGCGCUGGUGGAUUUAUUCCGUCUGUUUUUGAGUGUGGGUGUUUUCCUUUUUGGUGCAUUUCUGUCUUUUUUUAGGUCGCUUUCACACCAGAGCUGUUUGGUCCGCUUUAAACGGACCAGAGUUCGUUUCCUCGGUUAGUCCGCUUCGUUUCGGCAGGUGUAAAAGCUCAUCUGAACUCUGGUGCAGACCAAACAAGCGAACUCUGGUCCGCCUGAAAACGUGGGUCUCGGUUCGCUUGCCAGUGAACCCUGGUUCAGUUCGUGUGCAGUGUGAAAGCUCACCGGACCAAACACAGGACCAAUUGUACAUAAUGACGCUAUACACAGUGCAAACGCAGUGCAUCUUGGGUAGAUGAAGCACAGCGUCCCCUGUUGCUAUGGCAACAAGUGACCGCCGACAUUAGCAGUUGCUAGCUAGCUUAGCUCAAUUGUCUGAACAACAAUAACCCAUAAAUUCACAAUUUGGCAUAUUUAAACAAAAUCAUAUCACGGCUACCAACAGUCACAGUCCUUAAACUCUGAGCUCAUAUGUUGUAACAUCUUAGAUCGUCAAAGUUAGAAAAAUAACAGGAUCAAUCCCUGACAAGCUACGAUACCAUUAUAGGAACAGUUGCGUUCACCAACGUUGUAGCAUUCCAUAAAAUAAUGUGACGAAACACGAUACAAGACGGCUAGUCCACCCCUGUUUGUUAUCCGUGAGGCUACAUACUCCUCCUGCUUGGUCCAAUCGACGAGCGCUCCUUUCAACCACGUGAUGCUGCUCGGAUAGUUCGGUGCGCUUUAGAAAUCACAGUGUGAAAGCAGAACCGAAACAAGUGAUAAAUUCAACAAUGUUGCAACUUUCAGCUCCCCGAACGAGCCGAGUCCACUUGGUCAGGUGUGAAAGCGACCUUAUUCUGACAUGCUGUUUCCUCAACUACAAGCUUUUUUAAAUGUUGUAAUAACCUUCCUCACAGUGCCAUCCAUAUCCAUUGUUGCUAACGAUACAAAAACAUGAUUUUAUAUCAGCUAAUUUUAACCCCCAUUUCUUCCACAGCAGUUAACCCUGCCAUCUCUGCAGCGUGUUUAGGGUCUGCAUGAUCUAAGCCUGUAAUCCAGUGUAGAUCUGCUCUGGGACUGAACCAGCACGCAUCAUUUUUGCCUUUUUCACAAAGCCACAAAGAAAACUGAUGAGUCCCAUUUAACCCUGCAGCUCAACUUCCCCCUCUCUGGCUUUGUGUCUCAUUUAAUCUGAAACCACAUUUGACCGAUCAGACAGAGAUUUUGAAGUCUAGACUUUGAGUUUUCAUUGGCGCAUGGAGAGAGAGGGAAAAACAAAAAGACUUGCUGUGAAAAAAAAGAUACUGUCAUUUUGUAAUUUUUGUUUCGUUUUGUUUUCCGUGUGACUCUGGCAACAUUUGUCGAUCAGUCAACAUCCCAAAAAAUGCUGGUAAGUCGACCUUGAUAACGGCCACUUGAUUGAUGCACUGUUGUGAUCUCUUUUUUUAUUCGUUUGUUUCAUUCCUUUUUUAAUCCAUUGUUUUAUUUGACCAAUAAGCUGGCUGUCACUUGUUAAUUGCACAUCAUGGACCUGGGUGUACGGGUCACUCAUGUAUCCUACCCUGAUGCUCCUCUGUGUGUGUGUGUGUGUGUGCGAGUGUGUGUGUAUGCGUGAGUGAGUGAGUUGGGUUGGUGUCAUGGUGACGAGUCAUCUAUAUGGAUUUGGAGGAGCUCAUAAUGUCCACUGCCUGCUCUCUUCGGCGUCUGUCCUCUCCUCGCACACUCACCCACACACUUCUCCAACUUUCAAUCACUCGCUCCUCAGUCAGUCUCUGAUUUUGGCUUUUUGUUUUUUUUAUUAAUCAUUGGUUUCUUUUUUGAUGGUCACUCAUGCAUGCCCUGAAGGCCUGCCCCCUCUGCAUUUUGUCAAGCGAAUCCUGAAUAUGUGUCUGUGAAAUUUCUGUGUCUAAUGUUCGCACCAGAUCAGUUGUUAUGCAGUAAUGAAUGGACGACAUUUUCCACCUGUCAUUGUAGUCGUGCUAUGCAACCCUCCGAGUAAUGACUCAUGACUGCUUGUUGUCAUCCCACGCUGAAUGAUGCCUCUGUGAUUGGACUCACCGUUCAUCUGAUUUUAACGCUGUGGCUUGAGAACUAACCGUUUGUUAUAUGGUUAACAUUAACACACCACUGCAUGGAGACUGAAAAGAAUGAUACUGCUGCUUAAUAUGAUUGUGUGCUUUACCUGAGUUCGACUUGGACGGAGAACAAACGCUACUAAAAUUGGAUUUGCAGCUUUGCUUAGACUAACACGUCUGUCAUUCUUUUAAUUAGACUGUUUGAUUUAGCUUGCAGAGCUGCUUUCUCAAACACUCGGCCUGCUUUUUGUAGCUUCCUUGCAUCCUGUUAUGGUUGGGGUUCGAUUGCAUCUUACUGAAUCUGAUUUUAACUCCUAAAAAAAAUUAAUUACUGAUAUUUAUGAACAAAAACUCCAAGAUCUUAUUAUAUUUUGUUUUCCUUUUGGCUAAGUGGUUAUCUAAGAGAAAUGAGGCUGUCAACACCCAACUGUAACUUCUAUUCUGCCAUUUUGAAUUUAACAGUCUAACAGUUUCAAUAGCCAUCCUUUCUUAUCAUCUAACAUAAAUUUUAAUUUGUACUCCUAAAACUAAGAGGUAAAGUCUAGAUUUUGUGGCGGUAGAUGUGUAACAAGGUUGAACUCCCUGUUGUUUCUUACCGGGGUCAGACAGAAGAUCAGCAGCCAAUGAAUUUUGUCGCUGGGUUUGCCCUCAGACUCUUAUUGACCCUUUGCAUCAUCAUCAUCAUAUCUGCCGUUCAUCUGCAACUCACAGAGCCUAGCCUGCACACUGCUUCUGGCCCUAAUCAGCCGCUUGCUCCUGUGGCCACCGGAGGCAGUGCACACUACGCCAGUCGGCGAUCUGUGUCUGCUAACAACCUGUCUUCUCUUACAGUCCACGCCGCUUCACCUGGCCGCAGGCUACAACCGCGUCCGCAUCGUUCAGCUGCUCCUCCAACACGGAGCCGAUGUUCACGCCAAGGACAAAGGGUGAGACUCUGCUUAGAAAUAAUAAAGAGAAGUCAUUGUUGUCAUUCAGUUAUCGUUUUUGACACUAACCUGAGGGUCCUGUCCCUGCAGAGGUCUAGUCCCUCUUCACAACGCCUGCUCCUACGGUCACUUUGAGGUCACUGAGCUCCUGCUGAAAGUAUGUACUCCUCUUCUUCACUAAAGUUAACACUCUUAGAGUCGAUAAAUGUGUCAGAGUGAUUAUCCAUCACGGUUAGAAAUCUGGUGUCUUACAUGUUUCUCUCUGAUGUGGUUUUCUCUCUUCAGCACGGGGCCUGUGUUAACGCCAUGGACCUGUGGCAGUUCACUCCUCUACAUGAGGCAGCAUCCAAAAACCGAGUCGAGGUCUGUUCCCUGCUGCUGAGCCACGGGGCCGACCCCACUCUGCUCAACUGUCACAGUAAGAGUGCUGUGGACAUGGCCCCCACUCCAGAGCUCAAAGAGAGACUCACCUGUGAGUUCAGAAGUCGACUCCAGACUCCUACAAACAUAAUCAUGGCAUGAGACGUAACUUGGAUUUACCUGUCGUUCUUCUUCUCCAUGCAGAUGAGUUCAAAGGUCACUCACUGCUGCAGGCAGCCCGGGAGGCAGACAUGGCCAAAGUGAAGAAGACGUUGGCUCUGGAGAUCAUCAGCUUCAAACAUCCUCAGACCAAUGAAACAGCUCUGGUUAGAAUCGAUCAUUGGUCACAGUUUCUAUUUAAUAUAUAUUUUUUAAUCCACUCAGUGAAAUAACUGUGUGAUAAGGGAGAAACAGGAUCGUUAACUUAUUUGACUUAUUUUGUGUAACUCAGCACUGUGCUGUGGCCUCCCCACACCCCAAGAGGAAGCAGGUGACCGAGUUGCUUCUACGUAAAGGAGCGAAUAUCAACGAGAAGAACAAAGAGUGAGUCGUGUUGUUUUUACUCCUAAUGUGACUUUUUAAAGAGGAUACCUUCAUUAAAAACACGUUUAAAAAGCAGCAAAGAGGAAAAGUUUGAGGUUUAACUUAAUGCAACUUGUUUUGUCUUCUAGCUUUAUGACGCCCUUGCACGUUGCUGCUGAAAGAGCUCACAAUGAUAUCCUGGAGGUGUUGCAGAAACAUGGAGCAAAGGUCUGUGAUUUACAUUUACAUAGAGGGGAAUUAGAUAAACCUGCUGGCUCAAAGUAUUUGGCACUAAAACAUGACUUCACCCCCUCCAACUCCAGGUCAAUGCAGUGGACACCCUCGGUCAGACGGCCCUUCAUAGAGCGGCGCUGGCCGGUCACAUUCAGACCUGCAAACUGCUGCUGAGUUACGGAGCCGACCCCUCCAUCGUGUCUCUGCAGGGUUUCACCGCCGCACAAAUGGGCAAUGAGGCUGUGCAGCAGAUUCUUAACGGUAAUCAGAGCAACAUUUCUGUCUCAUUUUGUAAAUGCUGAGGUUUGUUGUUUUUUUUUUUCAUCAGUGUGAGACUCAAACCACUUCACAGGGCUGUGAAACAUGCCUAUCUCUUGGGGACAUCGGGCGUCAACAUAAGGCUCUUUAUAAACUCUCUCCCAACUAGAUUAGACUCAGAUCAUGGGAUUCCACUUGACGUAUGGGAGUCAUGUUUAUUUUGCUUUGUGUCCAUUUCCCAGAAAAUGUUCCCACGCGUAACUCUGACGUGGACUACAGAUUUCUGGAGGCGGCCAAAGCGGGGGAUCUGGACACAGUGCAAGUAAGUUUACUGCCUUACUCUAGUUUCUGUAGGUUUGAGUUAAGUUAAGAGUUUCGUACUAUUUUCAUAAACUGCUUGAUGUAGCUAAUAAUCUCUUUGUUUCUGUGUAUGGCAGCAACUCUGCACCCCUCAGAAUGUGAACUGCCGGGACCUGGAGGGCCGUCACUCCACUCCCCUCCAUUUUGCAGCUGGUUACAACAGAGUGGCGGUGGUUGAGUAUCUGCUGCACCACGGCGCUGACGUCCAUGCUAAGGACAAGGGGUGAGUUCAUCUUCAAAUGAGUGAUUUUUGUAGGUUAUUCACACAAAAAGAAACUUUGUCCAAGCCAUGAAUGUACAGUAGAUGAAAAGUUCUUCAUCUUGUGUCUCUCCUCCUGCAGAGGUUUAGUUCCCCUCCACAACGCUUGCUCCUACGGUCACUAUGAAGUGGCAGAGCUGCUGGUCAGACACGGCGCUUCAGUCAAUGUGGCUGAUCUGUGGAAAUUCACCCCACUUCACGAGGCUGCAGCCAAAGGAAAAUAUGAGAUCUGCAAACUGUUACUCAAGGUGAUGACCAGUUAAUUGUCUCCUUUCACAAUAAGAGUCUUUAAUCGAUUUAAAAUGAGUCAUUUUUUAUUGUAAUUAGAGGCAGAGUAGAUCACUUACAAAGACAUUUUUUUAUUAUUUAGCAUGGAGCUGAUCCGUCUAAGAAGAACCGUGAUGGCAACAUGCCUCUGGACAUGGUGAAAGACGGAGACACGGACAUCCAAGACCUGCUGAGGGGGGACGCCGCCCUGCUGGACGCCGCAAAGAAGGGCUGCCUGGCUCGAGUGCAGAAACUCUGCUCUCCAGAAAACAUCAACUGCAGAGACACGCAGGGACGCAACUCCACACCGCUCCACCUCGCAGGUAAAUCAUAAAACCUCUGAUUUCUUAUAUUAUGUUUCUGCUUUAGUUAGUUUUCUUAUUGAUAUAAAUGUCUUCUAUUUUGAUGCUUCUACCCUUCAGCUGGCUACAACAACCUGGAGGUGGCCGAGUAUCUGCUGGAGCACGGGGCUGAUGUCAAUGCGCAGGACAAAGGAGGCCUUAUUCCUCUCCAUAAUGCUGCUUCUUAUGGGGUCAGUCCGCACAGCAUCAAAAACAAAUCGCUCACAGAUAUUUAUGCAGUUGCUCUUUCAAACACCAUUAAAUUCCAUGAAGUGGUUUCUGUGUGAUUUCACCGAACAAAGAUGUCCCACAGCCUCACCCUCUGUUGACUCUCCUCUUGCAGCAUGUGGACAUUGCCGCCCUACUGAUCAAGUACAACACGUGUGUGAACGCCACAGACAAAUGGGCUUUCACUCCGCUCCACGAGGCCGCCCAAAAGGGUCGCACACAGCUUUGUGCGCUGCUGUUGGCUCACGGAGCUGACCCCACCAUGAAGAACCAGGAAGGGCAGACGGCUUUGGAUCUGGCUACGGUAACAAACACACGACAAAUAAUUAGGAAUAAUAAACACACAUCAGUUCCUUCUCUUUGGUGGAGUGAAUCUGCUGGAACACGAAUCCGGCCCCUUUCUAAACUCACAAUUCCUCCAUCUUUCCCGCAGGCUGAUGACAUCCGAGCCCUGCUGAUGGACGCCAUGCCACCAGACGCUCUCCCCAGCUGCUUCAAGCCCCAGGCCACAGUGGUCAGUGCCUCAGUCAUUUCCCCCGCCUCCACGCCAUCCUGUCUGUCAGCCGCCAGCAGCAUAGACAACCUGGCAGGGCCGCUCACAGAGCUGGCCGCUGCCGCCGCCGCCGGGACCUCCGGAGUGGCAGAUGGAGCCUCAGGCACCGAGCGCAAGGAAGGAGAGAGUGAGUUUGUUGUUGACAAAACUGAACACUGCUGAAGUCAGUGAACAAAGUCAAUAUGUGAUUUUUGAGAAUUGCAGGGUUCCUUGUGAGGAAAGUAUGCAUGAACUUUUUGAAAUGGUCCAUUUUUGAGGCUUUCUCGAGAGGUUAGGAACGUUGCAGCAGUCGCAGGCUCAAUUCUUGGCCAAGACCCUCUCUGCUCGUCCUUCCCUCACUCUCUCUUUCCCACAUUCCAGCCUGUCUUUAGCUGUCCUAUCUGAUAGAAGCAGAAAUGCCCAACAAGAUCUGUUUAACACUGUCACCUCUUUCUUUUCCAGUGGCGAUGCUGGACAUGAAUAUCAGUCAGUUCCUAAAGAGCCUGGGUCUGGAGCACCUGAGGGACAUCUUUGAGAGGGAGCAGGUAAGAAAUAGCCAGUUAAGCCACAAUUUGGUGUUAAGGAGGGAAUUCACUAAGAUGAAACCUGUACACUCCUUAAAUCGGUUGUAUUUCCCUUCCUUCAGAUCACCCUGGAUGUGCUGGCUGACAUGGGUCACGAGGAGCUGAAGGAGAUUGGAAUUAACGCCUACGGCCACCGACACAAGCUGAUCAAGGGUGUUGAGAGGCUUUUGGGCGGCCAGCAAGGUGUGGAGGCGUCUUUUCUUCCUCUCCCAGGAGAAGAUUAGCGGCGUGCUGUGCUGACUGCAACAUUUCUAACAGAGUUUUCAGAGUGGACUGAUAGACCACAAAAAUAACCAUUUCUAAUGUUUUUCAGGUGCCAACCCAUACCUGACAUUCCACUGUGCCAAUCAGGGCACCAUCCUGAUCGACCUCGCCCCAGAUGACAAGGAGUACCAGUCUGUGGAAGAGGAGGUGAGUCCAGUUCAGUCCAGUUCACUACCUGUGCUGGCCCUCUUGAGGUUUACAAAUCUUCUUUAAAUGAACGAUACGAUAGAAGAAAGUGUCGACACUUGAUGCAGCAGACGUUUGCAGACCGUUUGACAACAGUGAGUCAUAGAUAGUAAACAGCUGUGUCUUCGCUUCGUCCCCUCAGAUGCAGAGCACCAUCAGAGAGCACAGAGACGGAGGAAACGCCGGCGGUGUCUUCAGCAGAUACAACAUCAUCAAGGUAUGACUCAGAAAUCAGAAACCACUAAACUCGUCUUACUACAGCUUUGAGGAGGAGCGUUUGUUUUCUUUGGCCUGUGACUAAAGUAAUGUGAGUGGCUCAAACUUUGCUUCGCAGAUUCAGAAGGUGGUUAACAAGAAGCUGAGGGAGCGUUACACCCACCGGCAGAAAGAGAUAGCAGACGAGAACCACAACCACCACAACGAGCGGAUGUUGUUCCAUGGUAACCACACUCACUGUUGCUCAAUCUUUCUGUGUGUUGACUUCAGGCAGCAUUGGCGUCUCACUCGAGUCUAGUUCUGUGAACAGCUUUAAGAUACCUCCAUUAUCUGUUUUUGAUCAUGUGAAGCAUCGUUGUCUGUAACUAUCAUAACAUCAUUUUACCGCUGCGGUCACGCCCUCCCCCAGGCUCCCCGUUCAUCAACGCCAUCAUCCACAAAGGCUUCGAUGAGCGUCACGCCUACAUCGGAGGAAUGUUUGGAGCUGGAAUCUACUUCGCGGAGAAUUCCUCAAAGAGCAAUCAGUACGUUUACGGCAUCGGUGGAGGCACGGGCUGCCCUACGCACAAAGACAGAUCCUGCUACCUGUGCCACAGGUAACUCCCAGAACAACACUCAGAAAUGACCUGCAAGAAGCACUUUAGACUGCUCUGCUGUUGUAGUAACACUCUACACACCAAAUUGACAUUGUUUACUGGCAUUGUGAUAAAGUUUUAAAUGAAUUAUGCUUAAUUUUGGCUCUUCAUUGUUUUAUCUUUAGACAAGUUUCCUUUAAAUGUUGGAGAAGUUAGUCGUUCAGGAACAUCCCUCAAAAGAAAAAGUGUGUGUGUGUCAUGUUGUCUAAAAAGUGUGUGACCAUAUCGCUCCUGUGUGCGUUCACAGGCAGAUGCUCUUCUGCAGAGUUACUCUUGGGAAGUCCUUCCUACAGUUCAGUGCCAUGAAGAUGGCCCACGCCCCACCAGGACACCACUCAGUGAUCGGGCGGCCCAGUGUAAACGGUCUGGCCUACGCUGAAUACGUCAUCUACAGAGGAGAGCAGGUAAACAGACACUGCGGCAUCACGGGAAAUGUUUCUUCCAAGUCAUCUGCUGCGUAGCUUUGGCUGACGUCUCUCUGUGUUCUCCUUCAGGCUUACCCGGAGUACCUCAUCACCUACCAGAUCCUUAAACCGGAGAGCGCGGCCCAGUCUGCUGCAGGAGCUGAGCAGAAGUCGUAG